GGUGUGUUUAGCUAGUGCGUUGCCCAUGUUCGCUUCUAUGGACACACACACACACACACACACACACACAAAGACAGGCACGCGCGCCACACGCCGCCCCUCCACGCUGCAGACGUCAGUGUCGCCCUCUGGAAAGAGAGGCGUCCAAACAGUGCGUAAAGCGCGCAUUCUUGCAACAUUGGCAAGGUCACUGAAUGAGGAAGGGACACAGGACGGACCCGGUGAUUAACAAUUCCCAAGGAAAAGACCAGGGUUUACAAUGCCACCCCCUGCUGGAGCUCAAGCUGUGCCCCCUCCGGAUGGAGGCUGGGGCUGGGCUGUGGUGUGUGGAGCCUUCAUCUCCAUCGGCUUCUCCUACGCUUUCCCCAAGGCCACUACUGUUUUCUUCAAGGACAUUCAGAGAAUUUUUGACGCAUCAUAUAGCCAAGUUGCCUGGAUCUCCUCCAUCAUGCUGGCUGUCAUGUAUGCUGGAGGCCCUAUAAGCAGUAUCCUUGUAAACACAUAUGGCAGCCGUCCAGUAAUGAUAGCGGGUGGAUUCCUGUGCUCCAUCAGCAUGAUUGCUGCGUCAUUCUGCAACAGUGUCAUGCAGCUGUACAUCUGCAUUGGAAUGAUUGGGGGUUUUGGUCUUGCCUUCAACCUCCAGCCAGCUUUGACCAUGAUCGGGAAGUACUUUUACAAAAAGCGUCCCAUCGCUAAUGGCUUGGCCAUGGCAGGUAGCCCUGUGUUUUUAAGCACCCUAGCUCCCUUAAACCAGUACCUCAUCAACGCUUUUGGAUGGAGAGGCAGCUUCCUUAUUCUCGGGGGACUUUUGCUGAACUGCUGCGUGGCCGGAUCCCUUAUGAGGCCCCUGCCCCAGCCUUUGACAAAGAAUGACACCAGAAAUGAUGAAGAGGUUCCACCUGCUAAGACGUCAAAACUUUCAGCAUGGCAGAUUGUCAACAAAUACCUUGACUUGUCACUCUUCAAGCACAGGGGCUUCCUCAUCUACCUGUCAGGAAACGUCAUUAUGUUUGUGGGCUUCUUCGCCCCUAUCGUCUUCCUUUCUCCAUAUGCCAAAGACAACGGUGUAGAUGAGUACUCAGCAGCCUUCCUGCUCUCCAUCUUGGCUUUUGUGGACAUGUUUGCUCGUCCCUCCAUGGGACUGUUGGCCAACACACACUGGGUGCGACCAAAGAUCCAGUACUUCUUCAGCUUUGCUGUCCUCUAUAAUGGCGUGUGCCACAUACUGUGCCCACUGGCUCAGACCUACACUGGCAUGGUGGUGUAUGCAGUGUUCUUUGGGUUUGCAUUCGGCAUGGUGAGCGCCGUGCUCUUUGAGACACUCAUGGACCUGGUAGGACCUCAGAGGUUCUCGAGUGCUGUGGGCCUCACCACUAUCGUUGAGUGUUGCCCUGUGCUUAUUGGACCACCACUGGCAGGGAAACUCGUGGAUAUCACAAAGAACUACAAGUACAUGUACAUAUGCUGUGGCGCUAUAGUCAUCUUCGCCAGCAUCUGGCUUUUCGUGGGCAACUUCAUCAAUUACCGUCUGCUGGAGAAAGAACGCAAACAGGAGAUGUACAAGCAAGCAGAACUUGAAGAGCCUGACAAGGGACCAGAUUGCAAAGGAGAUGGACAGGUAUCUGAGGAACUCUGUGGGAAACAUGUUGUGGAAGAUGCUGUGCAGAGAGAAACAAACAUUUAAACUUCUUCCAAGUAAGAUCUGGGCUACACCCCAGGCAUAUGUCCACAGCAAAGGCAGAGAUUGUCAUGCUGGGGUAAAGCAACACACAACUGCCAAAGCAAAUGACUGAGUGUGUGAUGGGACCAGUAGAGUAGUGUUCAGAUAAAGCAUUUAGAUGGAAGUCGGGACAAAGAAAUAGCAGCGUAUAUGAGAGUUGAACAAAAAAGACUGAGUUAGGCUGCAUUAGAUACCACAGAUAAACAUUACCACAAUUAUAACACUCAGUUUGAAGCCAUCAGAUUAAUGUUUCAGCUCAGGAACUGACCAGAAUCUUUCCACGGAUGCAGAAUUUUCAGAAAACCCAAAUAACUCUUGACUUCUGAGCACUUUUGAGUGUUUAGUUAUCUAGUCCAAAUACCUGACAAGCAUUUACCAGCGACACACCUGUGAGCUGCAUGCCCAUAUCUGCUGCACUACAGUCUAUAAUCUGUGUAAUCAAUAUAACAUGACUGAAUGUAAAUCAUUAUGCAUGUGUUAUUAACAAGGGCCUUAUAAAUCUCCUGACCAAAAUGUUGGUAAUAUAGAACCUAGCCAUGUUAUAUAACCUUUAGUUUUGUGCUGCGGGAUAUACAGGGAAAUGCAUCCGGUAUUAUUUGACGGGGAGUGUUAUUUUUUUGAAAUACACGUGUACAAAAGUAUUUACAUGUUAGGUAUUGCCUUAAAUGUAAAUAAUACAUCCUAAAGCUAGUAUAUAGAGCUUCCUGUAUGAUGUGUAUACAAUGUGGCAUUACUAAUCAGCUUGUUUAUUAACAAAUGUAUCGUGUCUAUUUGUAUUUUAGUGUCUCUGACGUUAAUUAACAUGCUGUAUAACUACUGAAGUUGUUAUUAAUGAAUUAAUCAGAGCAAUGCAAGAUGCCAGUUGAAUGAUAUUCAGGAUCAAUUUUCGGGAUCGGUUUUAAAGCCGGACAAAGUACUAGUAGAUUUUUAAGUGCUGCGUCUGUUUAAUCCCGCACCAUAACAAUGUAUCACGUUUUCUAUGCGCCAAUAUCACACGUAUAUCGAUAACAAGUUAUUUCUUUUCUUCGUACUGUUCCUCUCAUACGUCUGAGUUAACGCAGACACAUUAUUCGAUCCCUUGGACGUAUUAUCUUUUGUGUGUGGUUGCCAAGUUGGACUGAGGUAAACACAUGUAUAAAAUAGAACAAAGGGUUAAUGUAGGUUUGGUCAGUGUUGAGUUCUGGUAUGACGGUGUACCAUAAUAAGCUAAAUACUUUAUAAGUUCACUCUUUUCUUAUUUUUCUGUAGCUAAAAUAUGCUAAACUUUGAAAAAAUAUUCCAGCUUGCUAACGAACAAACAUGAGUGAAAAGCAUCACAGCGGUAUUUAUUUAUACAUAGUUAGAAUUUUGAUUAAAUUCAGUUAACUAAGUGUCGUGCUUUCAAUUCUGUUUGAAAUAUAAAUGCUUGCAUUGUUCUUACCAACCAAGUCAUUUCAUAUUCACACCGAACUCCAUACACUGUAAAUUUCACCCAGAUAAAACCUUAAAAUUAAGUUCUACAGUGAAUUUUCCCGUCCAGUCCCAUUCCAGUGUAUAUUUUUUGAGUCAGGGUGAUUCGGAUUUGACUUUAGAUUAAAAAGUCUUGCUAUCUUGUGACCUGCUUACCAACUACUCCAUAUAACAUCAUCUAGACUCCAUGAUUUCUUUGCUACAACCUUUGUUCCUUAAAUAGCUUUGAAUAAUCAAAUGGUUUUGGAUUAUUAUGAUAGAGUGAAUAGUCCAUGUAUGUAGGUUUGUUUGCAAAGAUUCACUAUUAUCUGAAUGCUGUAUAAGUGUCGGUAACAUCAAAGAUUUCAGUCAGCGUAUAGUAAGUAAUUUCUUGCUGAUUAAUGUAAUAAUCUACGUUGUGGUUUCUUGUAGCUACAGUUUAACAUGUGACUCAGCUUUAUCGUGCUUAUUUUAUUAUACUAAUUUAGUAUUUACUUUUUUUUGAAACAUAUAGGCAGACACUAGACCACAGAUAUUGUUUCCUAUUAUUAUUUAGUAAUACUCUCUAUUUUUGUAUGCAUAAAUAUUUAUUUUGGGUAGCUUUAGUACUUAUAAGUACAAUUUGUCAUUUAAUGAUAUGAGACUGAAGUGGAUAAUGUAGCACUUAGCACACAAUCUUUCGAUUUUUUUUAUUAUUCCAUUCCCCCGUCAGCUUGAUUUCCAGCUAAACAAACACCACUGGCCUUAUCAAAUAAAAUAAAAUGAAUGACAGACAACGGCUUAAAUGUUUGAUUCAUCUGUGAUCUUUUAUUUAACACAUUGUUUGUUUUUAUUUACUCAAACUAUAUAUAUAUAUAUAUAUAU